AGAUAAUGUUUUUAAGUUAGUUUAUUUUUUGGAUAACCAUCAGGCCGCUUGGUGUUCCAGCAUGAAGAUCGUAAUCCUGAUAGGUUUUAUUGCGUAUGUGAAUGCUAAUUUACCUUUGGAAUUAAACGGAUUGAUGCCAAAAUACUCAUACGUACAUUUGGGACCUUACGAUGCGGAAGUAAAAAUAGGCAAUUUGUCAAAGCGCUAUCCCACGUUAGAUGGUAAGGAUUUGAUAGCCAGUCGAAACGCGCGCCAGUUUUUAGAAGAUUCGCGAUUGCUUUUUAAAUAUGGCUUCUACACAUUGCCGCCGCUAGACCCAUACACCAGAGAUUACAUGCCAACAUUUGUCUUUAAUGAUGACAUACAAAAACUUAAAGGUUAUAUUCAAUUAAAGGAUUAUAACGCGACUGGAUUGGUUAAAUUUGUUCAAAAUCUAGUGGAAGUACGACUUAAAACAGGAAGAUUGGAUUAUGCAUUGAAUAUACCGGAGCUCUUAGUCGGCGUGAAUUUAAAUUGUUACGUUAUAUGGGAUGAUAGGAUUCCAAUACACAUUGAAGGACGAUUAAGUUUAGCGCUUGAAGGAAUAGCAGUACUAGGAGCCGUACAGACGAAACCUACGGAGCUCAACAACGAGUUAGUCUUACAAUUGGUAGGUCAACACACUCGAAUACACAUCAGCGAUGUAGCGAUUGAAUUCAGAGGGACCCGUUUUGAUAUAAUGAGAUCCUUAGGCGAUUCGGGAACAAGUGGAACUAAUCUUGGUGUACCUGAUGACACAUAUACCAAACUAAAGGAUCAUAUAGAUAAUUACGUGGCUAAACUCGUCUUUGACCAAGCUAACGAAAUCUUGAAUGGGCCAACAGUAAAACAAAUAUUAGCCUACCUGUUACACAAAUAUUAGAGAUUAACAAUUAACACCACGGAUUUAGCGGGCCUAUUUGUAUCUUAAAUAUAUUAUAUAAACAA